CUAUAACUUAUACAAAAUAAAAAAUAAACGAUUAAACCUGUUAUUACUCCGAUACCGAUGGAGGCAGCAUUUCGCCGCUUUCUUGGUCAGUCUGUCACUGAAGAAGAUAACUGUCCCGCCCCCACAAAAAAUCAUGGCGGCCCCCAUGGUAUUCGGUCGAAAUAUUCGCACCUUCGGAAGGAUAUUCGUGGGAGUCUCACAAUCGGGAUCAAUAGGAUUGAACGCUUGCAGAUAUCAUGGGAGAUCUACAUUAUGUCGCCCUCUCCAGUUGCCUGCAGCCUGCCUCCACACUGGAACCUUCUCUUCCUCUCUUCCCUCAUCUGUGAUUGUCACAGAGGAGCCGGACACGCUGUACCAGAAGGUGUCUCUGCUGGUGAAGGGCCAUGACAAAGCAGUCCUGGACAGCUAUGAGUUCUUCGCCAUCCUGGCUGCCAAAGAGCUGGGAGUCACUCUGGGCAAAGUAUUUGAGCCUCCAAAGAACAUUGAGCGGCUGACACUUCUGAAAUCUGUCCACAUCUUCAAGAAACACAGGGUCCAGUACGAAAUGAGGACGCACUACCGCUGCAUAGAGCUCUCUCGUGUGACUGGAUCCACUGCACAGGUGUACCUGGAAUACAUACAGAGGAAUCUGCCAGAGGGUGUGGCCAUGGAGGUGACCAAGACCUCCAUGGAGAAGGUUCCAGAGCAUCUCCUGGAACCUAUGUGGAACGACCCGCCAACUGAAGAGAAGCCCAGCCAAUAAGAGCAGAGUCACAUACAUAAGCAGCUUAUCUCAGCACCCAAUCAAGAAGACAGAACCUCCAGCCCUGAGACCGGUCCAGAGAAUAUGCUUGUUGACGAGGGUCAGCUAGAGCAAGGCGCUGUAUAGAUGAUCAACUACUAAACAAAUAGAUAUUGUAACUGUGCCCUAGCUCAGGCCAACCCUCAUGAACAAGCAGUGACUGUGAUCUGUGCAUCAGGGCAUCCUCCACAAAAGCAAGAACUGAAACGGACUAUUUCAGUCCAGAGAGAUGGUCAGUAGUCAUCUGCUCUCUGAGUUAAGCUUAUGCUGCUCAUUUUAGUUGGCUUUCUUUUUCUUGUAAUGUACAACUUUCUGUACUCCAAAAGACAAGAUGUAUGUUUUGUUAUUAAACUAUUAAUUAUCAUGUCUAUCUUUGUUUGACGAUGUGUUCUUUGGAAUACUGGUACCGUGUGCAAGUCAGUCAGAUUCAUAACUGUUGUUUUCACAACAUCAAUUAAGAUAUUGAGUUAUUUGCCAGAUAAAGAAGGAUUGUGUUGGAUGUAACGUAUGCACCAUAGCAGACUGGCUUUCUUGAUGAGUAUUGAUUUGGUUUGCUUUGUGUUGUUCUGUAAUCAGUAUAGAAGGCCAACACAGAAAAUUAAUUGAGAUGUUUAUUGAAGGACAGCAAUACACAAGGCAAAACUGGAAAUGAUUGCAUUGAAUUAGAAUAUAUAUUUUUAACAUACUCACCACAAUGGCUACUGACUGAAUUUCGGAUCCUUUCCUUAGUCUGACCAAAUGAAAGGCCUGUGCUUCAUGUUAUAUAAGCAGUUGUCCUAGUAAAAUUCCCUUCAUUUAAUCAACAUGGUCACUUCCUCUGGCUGCUCUACAUAAAAACCUCUGAUCUGGCCCCUCCCCCUGGAUCCAGAUGAGUCAUACGUAAGAAGACAACGCUCAGACAUUAAUCAUAUUAAGCCUCUGAGUCAUCUCAACCUUGGGUGGAGAUGAGGAAGCUUGGAUUGCUUUAAAGUCUUUGCUGCAGUUGACUCAGGCAAUGUUAAGGUAAUUUCUGCUGUCCUUAUGUCAAGAAUGUAUAUUUUAUAUUUCAGUGCCAUAUUGAUCAUUUGUACUGACAUAGGCUAUGGCCUGGUGGUAAUCUAUUAAAGGCCCAGUGCAGUCGAAA